AUGACCGAGACACAUACGACAACAAAGAACGCCGUGAACACUAUAACUGAGUCUCUCCCAUCCGCAACCACUUCUGCUCCCCAAACUACCUCUUCCUCGACUUCCAGUAAAGCCCCGAACCACCGCUCCUCCUCCACCGCCAUGUUUGCAGCCGGUUGCUUUAUGGCAGUUUUUUCUUCGGCGGUCUUCAUUUUCUUGAUCGCUCGGCUGCAGUGGAAGCGUAUAUCCCCGAUUUUGGCAGCUGUCAAGAUGCAAUGGAAACGCGUGUUCCGGGCUCUGGAGGGCUGCCACCGCUGGCUAGUCGAGACGGCUGUGUCGGUGAUGGCCAGAAUGAAGAAAUCUACAAACCAAAGCACCAAGCGGAUCACCCGCUGGUUUGACUCUGACUUCAGGGACAAGAGCCUGCCGCCAAUCCCGUCGACGACAUCCGAACGUCAGCCAUUAUCGUCGGAGCCACUAAAUCUGCUCUCCCCGUCGCCAAUGUCGUCGUUUGUCCCAAUCCGCGCACUAGAACCAUCUCCCUGGCCACAGCCGCUUGAGAUACGCCAGUACCCGUUUCACUAUCGACCCAAUCUAAGGCGUGAAUGGCGAAACUUCCGCCCUACCGGGGAGCAGCAACAGCCUGCUGAGCUGCCGGUUGUUGAGUUGCCUGCAUCGCCGGUACCGUUGCAGUUGCUGCAGGCAAGAGGACUUGGCGUGCAUCAGGGAGCCGAUACCAUGGGGAACGGCUACAACUCGCUUGACGAACCGCAGAUCCAGCAGGCCCAGCUACAACGGUUGCAUCGUAUACAGAAUAUGGUGCAUGUGGUGCGGCCCCCGGCUCUGCAACAGUAUCGGCCUUACCGAAAGCCGCUGCAGAGGGUUGCCUCCUGA